AGUAUCCGAUGCGUGUGUAGUAGUGCUGUACUGUAUGUGAUACCUGAUGUGUCUACAUUGAUGUGUCGUAUCUACUGCUAUUUAUAUUAGUAAAACUGCAAAUAUAUAAACGAGAUAAUGCCAAGUACAUGUUGCAUUGUUAAUUGCAAUAAUACGAAUAAAAAAGGAUAUCACUUAUUUAAAUUUCCGAUAAAACGUCCAGAGAUUUUUAAAAAAUGGAUUUGUGCAAUCGGAGGAAAUUUUACAGCAAAAAAACACUAUGUAAUCUGUAGUGCUCACUUUUUACCUACAGAUAUCAUGGAAAAAGCAAAUAUAAGUAGUGUUCUAUUAAAAAAUUUGGCUGUGCCAUCAAUAGCUCUGAGAGCUCCUGCUUGUGACAGUGUUUCUGCAGUGGAAUGUAAUAGUGAUCCUCUGAUACAACCUGUUACGAGUUCCAUGAUGGAAUGUGAUACUAUUCCUGCGAUAGAAUAUACUGCAGCUUCUACAUCUACAGUAAAAAAUAUGUCAUCAAUUGUGUGGAGAAGUAUAUUAAAAGAGAAAAUAGAAAAUGCAACAGUUCUUGCUUCAAUUCCAUCACCGAAAACACAACCUGCAAAUGUUACUGGUGGUACUGCAAAACUGCCCAAGCAAAAAUCAAUUAAAAUCAUGAGCAAUUCACUUUUAUUAAUUAAGAAGAAGCAGGAAAUGAGUCCACGGAAAAAGCACAUGUUGAGAAUAAUCAAAACAAUGAAGCAAAAGCUAAAGAGAAAAGAAAACAAAAUUAAUUCAUUGGAAAAUCUAUUAUAAACUCUACGGUAUAAU